AUGUCUCAAGUCGUCCAAGCCGCUCAGGAGCCCUCGCGCUAUGCGUUUGAGCAAUCGAUUGAUAAUGCCACAGUGUUGGAGCCAGUGAGCGUCGACACGCCUAUUCCAGCGGACUUUUCCAUACUCAAUUCGAAAGCUGUCCUUGGAUUCUCACUUCUGGUCAUCAUUCUUGUUACCCGCCUGUUCGGACAGAAGAAGAAAUUGCCGGCUGGUGCGAAACCGCUUCCCAAGCUGCCAGGCAUUCCGUGGAUUGGUCGUUUCUGGGGCAUCCCAAUCUCUGGAGCAGAGGCAGCAUGGCACUUCGGCGACUUCCACAAGUCGUAUGGCCCAAUCUACGAGUGGCUCACGUUCGGAGUGACUCACAUCUGGAUCGAAAAUGACAAGAUUGCCCGAGACCUUCUUGUCCAUCGCGGAAAGCUUUAUGGUGACCGACACGAACUUCCAGCAGCUGUCGGAGUGAAAGGUGGCUCGGAGAUUCUGCCACUCAUGGGGAUCGGCGAGAACUUCUGGCGACACAAGAACUUCAUUCACACCAUCAUGAGACAUUCAUCUCAAGCCGGCUUCUGGGAUGCACCUGUGACGGAGAACAAACACACUCUUCGACGUCUGCUCGACUCUCCUGAUACAUGGUCGGAAAGUAUCAUCACCCAUUGCGCUCGCGUGGUCGCCACGAUCGCCUGGGGUGAUCCAAAGCACGGCACCAAGCUUCUCACCGUCGUACCUCAGCUUCUCAAAGCCGUAUCACCAGAAGGACCACUUCCCAACCUUUUGCCAUUCCUCAUGCAUCUUCCGGCCGCCAUCUCUCCAUUCAAGAAAGCCGAAGCCGAACGAAAGCGGAUCAUGCAGGAGGCAUUUUACGAGGCACAGCAGGAUGUCAUGGCUCGGAUGAAGGCAGGUACUGCAGGGCAGUCAUGGUCAAGAAUCUGGCUGGAGAACGAGAAGGGUAUGGAGAAGAGCAAGCUGGAUCAACACGAGGCAGCACAUGCUGUUGGCACAAACUCCUUCGUCGCCAUCGCCACCAUCGGCUCACCACUUCACUCGUUCUUCACAGCCAUCUGCCACUACCCGUCGUGGUUGCCUCGCAUCCAGGAAGAAGUCGACCGCGUUUGUGGAGAUCGACUGCCAACCAUGAAAGACAUUCCAAACUUGCCUGUCGUCCGCGCAGUCUGCAAAGAGACUCUCCGCUGGCGCCAACCAACACCUCUUGGUGUGCCGCACAUCACCACCGAGGACGAUGUCUACGACGGCUACUUCAUUCCCAAGGGCGCCAUGGUCCACGCCAACCACUAUCUGAUCAGCCGAGAGGAGGCCACAUACCCUGAAGGCAAUGAGUGGCGACCCGAACGCUGGCUCGAGCCUUCGUGGCCGACCUACAAGGAGCCACUCACCGAGUAUCCUACUCUCCGCGGCGAUCCUGGUUUCGGCUAUGGCACUCGCUCAUGCCCAGGAACCGAUCUCGUCAUGACCGAGCUGUACACCCUCAUCGCAUCUCUGGUGUGGGCGUUCGAUAUCAAGCGCAAGGAGGGCCGCGCAGGCUACGACAACCCUGUUCCCUGGUACGAGACAAAUCCAUUUGUCAUCACCAUGGCCAAGCCGUUUCCCUGCAAUAUCACGGUCCGCAGCGAAGAGAAGAGGCGGUUCAUCCAGAAUGGCUGCCCAGAUGGUGGCUUCCUGGUGAGGAACCCGAAGGAAGAGGACCUCAACCGAUGGGAUGUCUUCCGCGGAGAUGGCAAGCCAUUUGAGUGGGCUGGACUGACUGCUCCUCUGUCGAACUUCAACACGCGGUCGUACUCUCAGGGUGUGUAA